UAGAUGUCGACAUUCUGUAUUUCAGCGACUCAAAGACAAAUUUCAUCAGGCAGUGGAGCGCUGAUUUGGAGAAACGCAACGAAGGUGUAGUAUUCGACAUCAAGGCUGAGAAGGCUGCAGAUUAAGACUAGCACAAAGGGGGCCCUUAGAAUGGAGCGGAAGUAGAAUGUUAUGAAGAUAGUGAUCAUGAUCGAUGAUCAGGGCAUAUGCCAAUAAGAAGCAGGUCCAUCAGACAGUGCUGCCUACGAAGAAUCUACGUAACUUGCGCUCUUGUAGAUCGUCUUUCCAUGGAUCGCUCCUUCCCACCAGAUGAAACGAGAUGUACUGAUUGAACGAAAUCGACCACAGUCGAGUGGUGUAGAGUAGGUCUGAACAAGAGUCGUGAGGGACUGUAAAGAUGGCGCUUUCGGUAGCGCCCCUUGGCGUCGUAGCUCCCUCGAGGCUUCAGGAGCUCAUCAACAUCGUCGCCACAAUGACACAUCACCAUAACCUACCGACCUUUCUGCAACACAGCAACAACGAGAGGAUGAAGCGCGACAUGCGAUAUGCGGCACGUUGCCAGGCCGACACUGACUCAGACCUCGCAUUCGCGUUGCUGAAGGAGAUGCGAGGAGGUUGGCGGCUUUGGUCUAGAACGAUCAACUGGCCGUGAAGCAGUCGCAUCCUGAUCUGAAGGUCAAUCAUGAAUCUGAUUGUAGAUCACAGUGCUGCAAAACCGUAAGAGAUGGACUGUCAAAAAGAAUUG